AUAUGUUUUCAAUAAAAUUUUGUGUUUUAAUUGUUUUAAAUAUUGUUGAAUUUUCAUGGACAUUUAAUUCAUUGGAUGUAAGACGCCCAAAAUUUGUAACGACUGAUGGAAAUUUAGAUAUAAUUGGUGCAUGGGAUCGAAAUAUUACAUUUAAAUCAUCUGGAUCUGGUUAUAUUAAUAUCAAUGGAGAAAAUUUAUUACAAGUUACUCAUAUGGCAUACAAUGCAUCAUUAACGAUAAAUCGAUUGAAGUCAUCAUACUUGGAUCGUAUUGAUGCCGAGAUCAAACGAUUAUCCGCUAUAGUAGAAAAUAAUAAUGGAUCAUCGAUAAAUUCGAAUAUCUCUCCAACUUCACCGUUAUUUUCUCCAACACUAAUGAAUCGUCGAAUUAUUGCAUUACGACGUCGAAUUGCCAAGCUCGAAGUGGACUUUGCUACAUUAAAAUCGAAUAUAGAAAAAGAUGAAUGUGUUAGCAAUCCAUGUCGAAAUGGAGGACGAUGUCAAGAUUUAUUUAAUAAUUUUCUAUGUUGGUGUCCAGAUAAUUGGGAGGGUCCACAAUGUGAUGUAGACGUAAAUGAGUGUACGAAAUUUAUUGGAACUGAUUUAGGAUGCCAGAAUGGUGGAACUUGCAUUAAUAAGGCAGGAUCUUAUGAAUGUAUUUGCCCACCAGGAUGGUAUGGUUUACAUUGUACCCGUAAAACAAAUGACUGUGAUUCAGCAUCAUCCCAAGAACUAUGUGGCAAUGGUGUUUGCGUAUCCCAGAAAACUGGUUACACCUGUAUAUGUAAUCCAGGAUGGAAAACCGAUGGUGUACAUCCAGCUUGUACGGUUGAUAUUGAUGAAUGCGCUGGUGAUCAUCCACAUUGUUCAGUAUCACCGCUUGUUAAAUGUGUUAAUGUUCCUGGUAAAUAUUAUUGCGGUUCAUGUCCUGCAGGAUACACUGGAACAGGAUAUUAUUGUACGGAUGUUGAUGAAUGUUUACAAAAUAAUGGAGGAUGUAGUAUGUUGCCACAGGUGCAAUGUAUAAAUACACUCGGAUCCAGUUAUUGUGGACCUUGUCCUCCGGGAUAUCAAGGCGAUGGUAGAACAUGUACCCAAAAUAAUGUUGGUAUAUGUGGAGUGAAUAAUGGGGGUUGCUCAAAAUUGGCAACGUGUGUGGCAUUGCCUCAAAUAAGCCCGACUGCCGUACAAUGUUCUUGCCCCUUUAAUUAUGUGGGUAAUGGAAUCGGUGAAAAUGGUUGUGUUUUAAAAGCAAAUGCAAUUAAUAUGACAACGGGUCCGUGUGCAACGAGCCCAUGUGGUCGAAAUGGAAAUUGUAAAGUGAAAAAUAAUGAUUAUGAAUGUACUUGCAUCAAUUUUUAUACGGGACGUAAUUGUGACAUCCUUGAUUCAUGUACCCUGUAUAAUUCACCAUGUAAAAAUGGUGGAUCUUGUCGGAAUACAAUAUUUGGAUGGGCAUGCGAUUGUGAUACGUUAUAUUAUGGACAACGUUGUGAAUACCAGAAAGAAGAAUGCGGUGGAUACAUAACCAAAGAAAGUGGUAGAAUUGACUAUCCAGAAAAUCGUACUAGCUACGACAGUAAUAUGAGUUGUGCUUGGACAAUUGCUACAACUGCUGAAAAAGUUUUAAAUAUAACAUUUACCAAAUUCGAUCUAGAAAAAGGAUCUGGUUCGACUUGUUUAUAUGAUUGGCUUCAGAUCCACGAUGGUCAAAAUUCAGCUGCACAUAAUCUUGGUCGAUAUUGUGGUUCAAAACUACCCGGUACUAAUGGACAUAUUCAAACAACCGGUAAUAAGGUAUAUUUAUGGUUUCGAUCUGAUUCACGGACUAAUAAGGCAGGUUUCUCAUUAACAUGGUCAUCCAAAACUAGUUCAUGUCACGGAUUUUACCUUAGUAAUUCACAUGGAACACUUAAAUCACCUGGUAGUCCUGGAAAAUAUCCACCGAAUCGGGAUUGUGAUUAUAUUGUUGCAGCACAAAGAGAUAAACGAAUUAAGUUUAAUUUCUUCAUUAUGGAUUUGGGUGAUAAUCCUGAUUGCAAUUCGGAUUAUCUGGAGAUAUAUGAUGGUUGGACCAAAAAUGAUCCCCUCCUUGCGAAAUACUGCAAAACUUACAAUACACCUCCGGAAGUAAUAAUGACAUCUGGUCGUGUAGCAUAUCUUCAUUUUCAUUCUGAUAAAGAGGGCAGCUAUAAUGGUUUUCAAAUUACAUAUUCUGUGGAACCAGGAAUACCCGGAUGUGGCGGACUAUAUACAAAACCCACGGGCGAGUUAAGGAAUCCACCGUUUCAAGAGACUUCUCUAACAAUGAAUAUCGAAUGUGAAUAUUUAAUACGAGUUGCGAAUGGAUCUCGAAUUAAGUUGACAUACUUGGAAAUGAAUUUAAAAGAAUCCAGUACAUGCGCAUAUGAUUAUAUUGAAAUACGUGAAGGUCCUAAUAAAUACCCCGAGCAGAAAAAUUUUAUCACGAAAUACUGUGGUAAAAAUAUACCGCCAACAUGGACGAGUACAAGCAAUGAAGUGGUAGUAAGAUUUCAUUCGGAUUUCAUAAGUAUGGAUGACGCACGUAAUUUUGGCUAUCGAAUUCGUUAUGAUACAGUUUGUGGUGGAAUAUUUAACGAUCUAAAUGGUGUAAUUAUAUCACCAAACUAUCCAAAUGAUGCAUGGAAAAUGAAAACAUGUGAAUAUUUGAUUUCUGUUCCGAUAUCGUCAGCCAUUAAAUUAAGUUUUGUACAAUUUAAUAUUGGUUAUAAUACAUCAGGACAACGUGUUCAACUUCCCCCAAGAAUAUUUCCACCAAGAAUAUUUCCACGAAUUGUACCAACAGGUAGAAUUGUUGGACCGCCAACAAAUCGAAUAGAAAGUUCUUCACCUACUUGUUCGAAAUUUGGAAUGAGUGUAUAUGAUGGUGAUAGCAACAAAGCCUUAAAAAUCGGUGAUUAUUGUGGAAGUAUUUCCGAUGUUCCAUAUUCAAUAACAUCAACACAUAAUCAUUUAUUUAUUGAGUAUAGAAAUCAGGGUGCACCAUUUGGAAGUCGAGGAAGUAUAGGACCCAUUAAUUUUCGAUUAAAUUAUACAACGAUUAAUUUAGGCUGUGGCGGUAUUUUAAAAGAGAAUAUUGGUGUUGUGAAAUCACCGAAUAAUUUAGCGGGAUAUCCAACAAAUACCGUUUGUAAAUGGUUAAUAAUGGCACCACCUGGAUUUAUUGUACAAUUAACAUGGGUCAAUUUUGAUUUGGAGCAAAGCUAUAAUUGCUCGGCAGAUUAUGUUCGUGUGUACGAUGAAACAAUUAUUCCCGGUAAAAGUAAGCCACUUGGAACCUAUUGUGGAAAGAAAUUACCACCGUUAAUUGUAUCCACCACAAAUGUUUUGCAUAUUGAAUUCAAAUCGGAUACAUCGAAAACGGCAGAAGGAUUUAUUGCGAAUUAUGUGAUGCGUGAUGAAUCGAAAAUAUGUGGUCGACCAUAUUUUGCAUCAUAUGGAGCAUUUUCAAGUCCUGGCUAUCCUGAUGGUUAUCCAAGGAAUAAAGAUUGUGCAUGGACAAUCACUGUUCCCAAUGGUCUACAAAUUAUGUUAAAUAUAACCGAUUUUGAAAUUGAACAGCAUUUAGAUUGUCGUUUUGAUUUUUUGGAAAUUCGAAAUGGUGGAUAUGAGACAUCACCAUUAAUUGGAAAAUUUUGUGGGAAAAACAUUCCAAAAAUAAUAACAUCACAUUCGAAUGAAUUGUGGAUACAUUUUAAGAGUGACGCCUCGCGUAGUGCUAAAGGUUUUAGUCUUACAUGGGAUGGUACAACAACUGGUUGUGGAGGAUCAUUGACAGCAGCCAAUGGUCACAUAACAUCACCAAAUUAUCCGAAACCGUAUGGACGGAGUACCGAUUGCUUUUGGAAGAUAAUCACAAGUGCUGGUUCAUUGUUACAAAUUACAUUCUUUGAUAUUGAUUUGGAACCAAGUGCAUAUUGUAGAUUGGACUAUGUUGAAAUCCACAAUGGACUCCACUUAACAAAUAAUCCAAUUGGUAAAUACUGUAAUAGUUUGAAUGUUCCAGCAGUGAUUACUUCAAAAACUAAUGAAUUAUUUGUUAAAUUCCGUUCGGAUGCAAGCUAUGAAGGUCAUGGCUUUAAUUUAAAAUAUUCAACAGUAUGUAACAAUGUCAUUAAAGGACAUAAAGGUGUCUUGGAAAGUCCAAAUUAUCCAAAUGAGUAUCCAUUUCGUGUGGAAUGUGUAUGGAAAAUCAGUGUACCCAGCGGCAAUAAAAUUAAUAUUACUUUUACACACUUCGAUUUAGAAGAAUUACAUUCGCAUAGUACAAAAUGUGCAAACGUUGAUUAUUUAGAAAUCAAAGAGACUGGUGAAUCAGAUCAAAAGGAAAUUGAUAUCGUAGAAUCGAAAAAAUUAUGUGGCAAAGAAUUACCAGAUCCGAUAACCAGUUCGUAUAAUAAUGUUUAUAUACGUUUUAAAAGUGAUGCAGCAGUUGGAGGAACUGGUUUCCGAUUAGAAUGGGUUAUAGAAGGUUGUGGUGGAGAACUUACACAUCCACAAGGCAGUAUAAUAUCACCAAACUAUCCAAAAUAUUAUCCCUUAAAUACAGUUUGCGAAUGGGUAAUUAAAGUCGAUCCUGAUUCAAGUGUUCAGCUAACAAUACAUGAAUUGGAAAUUGAAAGAAUCUACAGCUGUGAUUUUGAUAAUCUUGCGAUAUAUAAUGGUCCAGAUGAUACUGCUCCACAGUUAACAAAAUUAUGUGCAACAAAGAAAAAUGUGACUUUAACUAGUUCGGGUAACUUAAUGUAUGUAAAAUUCACCAGUGAUGCUUCAUUCCAAGGAAAAGGAUUUAAUAUAACUUAUAAAAAAGUACCAAUCAGAUGUGGUGGUUUAUUUACGGCUAAUGAAGGAGUAAUUACAUCCAGAAAUUAUCCAAAGAAUUAUGAUAAUAACGAUGAUUGUUAUUGGCUGAUUUCUUUACCAAAAACAUAUUUAAUACGCUUAGCAUUUGAUGAUUUUGAUAUUGAAAAGCAACGAAAUUGUACACAAGAUUAUGUAAAUGUUUACGAUGGUAACUCAACGACAGCGCCUUUAUUAUUAAACCAUUGUGGCAACACGUUACCAGAUCCAGUUACAUAUAUUUCUACUGAUAAUACAAUGUUAAUUCAUAUGUCCACAGAUGGAUUAUUUUCAGCAAAAGGUUUUAAGGCUAAUUAUACAAUUCAAUGUGGAGCACAUAUUGUUACGGAUUCAUCAGGAAUAAUUGACUUUACUGAACCAGGAGGAAAUACUUUUGGAGAAAAUUGUACUUGGACUAUAGAAUCAAAAAAUCCAGGAGGUCAUAUUUCAUUAACAAUCACUCAUUUAGAUUUACGAGAUGAUUAUAGCUUCGAUGAUGGAGAAGAUAAUUCGUUACAUAUUUAUAAUGGAUUAGAUAAUACGUCAGCUUUAAUUGGUUCUUAUAAAAAUCAUAAAAUACCGCCUACAAUCGUUAGCGAAGGAUCAGCUUUACAUUUGUAUUUGCCACUAACUUAUAGUACAACUGUUUUUGUAGCAUCAUAUUCUGCGCUCAGUACAGCUUGCGGAGGUGAAUUAACAUCUUUAGAAGGUGAAUUUGGUUCGGUGGGAUAUCCGAAAAAUUAUCCAAAUGAUAUGGAUUGCGUAUGGCAAUUUCAUCCUGCAGAAGGGAAUCAAGUUUCUGUAACAUUUCAAUCAUUUGAUUUGGAUGACUCAGAGAAUUGUAACGAAGAUUUUGUGGAAAUACGUGAAGGUUCACCAACUGCAAAAGUAAUACAAGUGUUAUGUGGUCAUAAAGAGUUAAGUGCGCCAAUAAAAGCAUCAAAACUAUGGAUUCGUUUUAGAAGUGAUAGUGAAGGAACACAAAAAGGAUUUUUAGCCUUCUAUACGCUAGAAUUUGGUAAUGAGAACAUAACAGGAACAGAAGGUCGUAUACAAUCACCAUACUAUCCAAAUUAUUACAAAGAAUCACAAGAAUUAACAUGGAAAGUUACCGUUCGAAUGUUUAAUGUAAUACUAUUUCGAUUUGAUGAUUUUGCAUUCAAUUCGUGGGAUGAUUCUGGCUGUACGGACUCAUAUUAUGGCUUUAAAAUAUAUGAUGGUGAUAAUGAUCAAGCAGAACUAUUAUUAGCGGAAUGUAACCGAAAUAGUCCACCGGGACCAGUAGUUACAACAAGAAAUGUGGCAUUUAUAAAAUUAGUUACAGCUUCCGAUUAUUGGCGUGGAUCAUUGUUUGAUUUAAAAUGGAAUGCAAUUAGUAGAAGGGAUGUAUCCAAUUAUAUUACACAGCCAAAAGCUGCUAAUUGUGGAUCUGACGAAGUGGUGAAUUUAGAUUUAGUAAACAAUAUUACAAUUCAAUCACCAGGAUAUCCGUUAGGCUACGAUAAUAAAUUAUUAUGCACCUGGACAUUUACAACAAAUUCAAAUAAUCAUGUGGCAUUGCAAUUUUUGGAUAUGGAUUUAGAAGUUCAACCAAAUUGUAUUUCAGAUUCAGUUACGGUUUAUACUUCAUCAGAGAAUACAGGUGAAGAACCAAAAACGCUUGGAAAGUAUUGUUUGCAAAAUGCAACAAAUAUUAAAGCGAUUGAAGGACAAAAUUUAAUGAAAAUUGAAUUUAAGACAAAUGCAUACUACAAUAAAACUGGAUUUAAAGCACGACUAUUUUCAGUUUGUGGUGGUCAAAUAAAUGGAAGAUAUGGUACAAUUAAAGUGGAUAUGGAUGAAUUUGUAAAAGCUCAUCCUCGUUAUUCGGGCUACCCAGAAAAUUUCUAUAAUUGCAAUUGGAAUAUAACUGUACGACCUGGAAGGCGAAUCAAAGUGGCAUUUGUACAAUUUCAUAAAAAUGGAACAAGGGCUGAUGAUGAGUGCCAUAAUUUUGUGAUGCUAAAAAAUGGUUUAGCAAAUGAUGCACCAUUGUUGGGAAUAGGAAAAUAUUGCGAGGCGGAUAAAACUUCAGCAGACAUACCAGAAACAUCUGGAAAUACAUUGGCAAUACGAUAUAAAGGACAUUUCCCAUAUUCAAAUCUGAAUUUCCGUUUGCGAUACUCAGAAAUUUCUCAAUCAUGUGGCGAUACAAUUGUAUUAUCGAAAUGGAACAAUGUAACAAAUAUCUCAUCACCAAAUUAUCCAGAAAUACCACAUCCAUACACAGAAUGUGAAUGGAUCAUACGAGCACCGCCUGGUGAAGCCUUGUCCAUUAAUUUCCUAGAACGUGUAGAUAUCACAUACAGUACGGAUUGUUCGAAAGCUGGUAUUGAAGUGCGCGACGGAGCUUCGAUUCGAUCACCAUUACUUUUCUUACAUUGUCGCUAUCAUCGACCAUCUACGCAAUUUUCAACAAGUAAUGUAUUGUACGUACGAUUUUAUACGAAUGUACCAGAACCGAAAAAUGGAUUUAAGGCAGAAAUAGCUAUUGCAACAUGCGGUGGAACAAUUCUUCCUACACAUAAUUUCACCAUCACAUCACCAAAUUAUCCAAUAAUGGGAAGUCUAACGAAAGAUUUACAAUGUACAUGGAAAAUAAUUGUACCCCUAUAUCGGGGUAUUCAAAUUACGUUCAAUGAUAUCAGUUUACCCAAAGCUCAAAAUUGUUCCAGGACAGCUCAUCUUAAUUUUACUGAAACGGAUUUAGAAACAUAUCAUUUGGGAACAGUUUGUGGAUCUACUAAUAAGAAUACAACAAUUACAUCAUAUUCGAAUCAUAUGACGGUUACAUUUACUGCUGGUGGCAAACCAGUGAACUACUUUAAAGGGUUUAGCUUCAAUAUAACACCCACUUAUCUUAAAGAUUGUGGUGGUAAAUUAUCUGGUCCCGAAGGUGUAUUCGAAUCACCUAAUUAUGGAGUAGCUAGACGACGAUCACAAGUAUGCAAAUGGUAUAUAACAGCACCAGAAGGUCGUCGAAUUACAAUACAAGUUGUUGAUUUUGAAAAAGUUGGCUCACGUACCGGAUCAACUGAUGUGGGAUUAUCUUUCUUUAAUCGAGAUCGUGAAAAUUAUAUAAAACUCGUGAAAUCAGAUAUAUUCACGCCAAAUAUAACGGUUGAAGCGUCACGAAAUUAUGUAUUCGUGUAUUAUUGGAGCUUUACAAAGGAUCCCCAUAGAGGAUUCCAAGCAAAAUGGACUUCAAAUGAACCAACAAUAUGUGUUGGAUCACUGAACGGUAAUUCUGGAACAAUUUACGAACCCUCACAUCAUAACCGUCUUUACACAAGAUUCAAAGUGUAUUAUUGUGAGUGGCAACAUAAAUCCACAAAUCCAGAGCAAGAAACUAUAGCAAUUACUGUGCAAAAAUUAGAUAUGCUAGGAACGCCUCCAUCAAAAUGUUCUUAUGCUGGUAAUGUUUUGAAAAUUUUCGAUGAAAAUGGUGGUUAUACUAAUCCCCUACAAGAAUUUUGUGCUACUCUAACACAACCAGAAACAGUUCGAUCACCGUACAAGUUGACAACCUUAGCGGUCAGUCAAAGUAAUCAACAAUUCAAUUAUACAGUUACUUAUAAAGUAUAUAAAUGUGGGGGCGAAAUCAGUAAUCCAGGUGUUACUAUGGACAUGCAUGGGGACAAACAGAUUCCUAGUGAUAUGUCCGAAUGUGUCUGGACUGUACAGUAUGCCGAAGGAGCUAGAAUUCGACUAACAUUUUUGAGUAUGAAUCUGGACGAAAAUUGUGCAACUGAAUAUGUAAGUAUUAAAAAUGGUAAUCGUCAUAAUAGUCCAGAAAUUGGUAAAUUUUGUGGAAAGAAAAUACCAGAUGUUAUUAUAUCACAAUCGAAUAAAUUAUGGAUUGAAUUUCAUUCGAAUAAUACAUCAAAAGAUCGUUCAAAACCAGGUUAUGGUUUGAAAAUGGAUGAAAUAGCAGAUGGAUGUGGUGGAGUCUAUCAUUCCGAUGAAAUGAUCAUAAAAUCACCAAAUCAUCCAAAAGCGUAUCCACCCAACACGGAUUGUACAUGGGAGGUUCGAGCUACCGAAGGUAAUACUGUUGGUUUGAUUUCUAUUGAUGCGUUCCAAAUUGAAGAAACACAAAAUUGUGCUAAUGAUUUCCUAGAGGUUUGGGAUUAUGUUAAUGACGAUUGGAAACAUCUUGGACGAUUUUGUGGUCGAGAUUUCAAAACCCAAAAUUCAACUUCGAAUCGAAUGAAAAUACGUUUUCGAUCGAAUAAUAAAACUCAAGGAACUGGUUUUCAGCUUAAAUGGAAUGCCAAUUGUGGUGGAGUAUUCCGUGUGACACCAAUGACACAAAGAAUUGUAAGUCCUGGAUAUCCCAAAAAAGGAUAUGAAAACUUGCAAGUAUGCAAUUAUACAUUAAUUGCAAAGCAUAAUGAAGAUAUUAAUUUAGAAUUUACGGAUUUCUCUCUUGAAGCUGGAAGAGACCAAUGUAAUUUUGAUAAUGUUACAAUAUUUUCAAAACGAUGGCUGGCAAGUGGUUUCAAAAAGGAUUGGGGUACCUACUGUGGGGAGAAAAAACCACCACAAUUGAAUCUUAAAACUUAUGUGGAAAUUAUUUUCCGAACUGAUGUUUGGAUAACAAGACGAGGUUUUGCAUUCCAAUUUUCAACUAGUACUUGUGGAGCUACAAUUACACAACCAACAACUAUUUCGAGUCCAAAGGACAGAGAACGGAAGACUCAUUAUGCGCAUGAUUCAAAUUGUUAUUGGAAUAUUACAGCCCCUCCAGAUAAAUUAAUUAAUUUACGAUUCCAGAAAUUUGAUCUUGAAUUUAGUACAAUGUGCCGUUUUGAUUAUAUGAAUGUUUACGAUGGAAAUGUUGCUGAUGAAAAAUAUCUGCUCAAAAAAUUAUGUGGAUCUUUGAAGUAUCCGAUCGUACGUUCAACACAAAAUCAUAUGUUGAUUCAAUUCCAUUCAGAUAGUAGCAGCAGUUUUGGUGGAUUCGAGGCAGAAAUUCUUUUUACUUAUGGACCCAGUCAAGGUUGUGGCGGAGAGAUUGAUUUAUUGAAAAAUCAUGCAUCAAUAUUAACGCUUAACACUGCGUUAAAGGAUUCAAAUGGAAUGUAUCUACCAUUUUUGGAUUGCCAUUGGAGUAUUAAAGCACCUGCUGGAUAUGUUAUCAAAGUUGAAUUUACUUCGGUACAUAUAUCAAUUUGUCCAACGGUCCAAGAUGCAGAAACAGCUGCCUUAAAGAAUAAAACAAGCACAGCUGAUAAGAAAUGUACUUGUGAUUUUAUACAAUUAAAUGAUGGUCCGAGUGAUGCUGCGGACAUGAUUUACAAACAUUGUGGGCACACGUUACCAAAUACCGUUACCACAUCCACGAAUCAUGCAUGGCUACGAUUUGUAUCUGAUGGUGAUGUGGCCAGUACUGGAUUUGUGGUGAAUUUAAGUCUUGAGAAAUCAAUUUGUGGUGAUCCAAUUCUGUACGUGACAGAUGAAGCAAAAACUUUAACAUCACCAAAUUAUCCAAAUAAUUAUCCAGCAAACGUACGAUGUAUGUGGUAUUUAGUGUCUAACGAUUCCAUGAAUCGUUUCGAUGUCCAUUUCGAAAUGUUAGAGCUCGAGAAUGCAGAUACAGAUGGAUAUUGCUCAAACGAUCGAUUAGAAAUCACUGAUAAAGUCAAUUUAAAUACUCGUGCAUUUAUAGCCGAAGGAUCUGGUACAAAAAUCUUUAAUGGCGGCUAUUUCCAUCGAUUAGAUUCUGUGUUUUAUCGAACAAGAUUACCAACCCAACGUUAUAUUGUGUGCAGUUCCAGUCUUCCAUUGGAUUAUUAUUCAGGCGUGAAUAAUGUACAAAUAACAUUCAUUAGUAAUGCUGCAAUCGAGAAAAAAGGAUUUAAAAUGACAUACCGUCAAAUUGGUUGUAAUCGUAAUUUUACAGCUGAACAGGGUCGUAUUUACAUUCAAAAAAUAUUACAACAAAAUUGUGUUAUCACAAUCACCGCCCCCAAAAAUUAUACAAUAUCAUUAUACUUCCAAACAUUCUUUAUAUUUGAUAUCGGUAAUUGCUCAUAUUCUGGACUGUCGAUUCUAGAUGGUUUGGAUAAAAACAGUAAAGAAUUAAUGCGUAUGUGUGGAUUACGAAAUCCAAAUUCAUUACAUUCAACUGGCAAUGCCUUAACAUUAAAUUUAUGGAAUAAACGAUUAAAUAAAGUCGAUACAUUGGAUAUUAUGUACACGACAACCGAUCAAGGUCCUGGUUGUGGUGGAAAAUUAUUUAACUAUGGUGGAAAAUUUACAAGUCCAAAUUAUCCAAAUGUUUAUAAUAAAACUGGUACAUGUGUUUGGGAAGUUUCAACACCUCAAGGCACUUUGAUUUCAUUACAGUUUGUUAACAUGAAUUUAGGUUCAAAACAAACAUGUGAAACUGAUUAUGUGGAAGUACUUGUUCGAAACGAACAAUUAGAUAUGGAUCGACGAUUUGCUCGAUAUUGUGGUGGGGAUACACCGGCUCCACGUAAUAUUUUAGAUUUUGAUACAAACACAGUGAUUGUAAAAUAUACAACAAGUACUAAAAAUGUUGGAACUGGUUGGGAGGCCAUGUUUAUGAGUAAAACACGUGAUUAAACUUCAACGAUUCAAACCAAAAACCUGUAAUUCUGCUGGUGUUACUUAUCGUAUUUAAGCAUUAUGUUUAUUGUUAUAAUAAAUUUAAUAACUUAUUGAAUUGUAAAA